AUGUCUCCUGAUCCUUUCGCUAAUAUUCCCACUGUGCAGUACGAUAUGGUCACGUCGCCUAUAACGACUCCGCAUUUUCAAUCCCGGGUUCUUGGGCUUCUUUCAUCCCAUCUGUCAAACGCACAGGAUGUAUCUUUCGAUUCCACCGGAACUUUGGCCACAAGCGAUAACACACAACCGCUGAUUAUCCCCCCUCUGGCUCCAGAAGAUACUCACUUAACUCCCAAUGACGCUAUGACCCAGUUGGUCGGAGUGACCAGUUCCUGGAUUGACAUGUGCUCUCCUGAUCCCUUGAUCGCGGAUAUUUCACGCCAAGUGCUCAUGCUGGAGGUUGCCUACGCUGCAUUCUGCGGUAUCGGAUACGUUGUGAUCCCUGGACCCAAACUCCACCAUCGAAGCAUGCACUCUGAAGGAUUAGUAUACUAUGCUAGGGCAAUCCAGGAUGCUAUCAAUGUUGCUCCUUAUCUCCAAUUCCACAUCUGGUUACGGACUGUUGAUGACCCCGAGCUUGAGAAUGACGAAAUGGGCGAUCUUGCGCCACUGGCUCGACUCGAGUUUCUGGAAGAUUGGGACGACGGUAACACCGCUAAAGUAGACCCGUUUGGCACCUGGGAUGCGUGGGACACGAUCAGGAGAACCUGUAAAUAUCACUCCAGGCUUUUCGUAGCCCUCUCGCUGCCCAAGCACCUUCCUCCCAUGUCUGUCCAAUCACGCUGGCAUUCUGAGCCCGUCCACCUACUUACUCUCGAUGCCAAUUGCUUUAUCAAAAACCAAAAGGGAUACCCUGUGCUGUCUAAGGCUCAUCAAGCGCUGAUUGCGCGGUUUAUGCGUCUCCGGACUGCUCCAUGGAUCCUCCUUUGUGACGUUGGGCCCAUUCCUGGUGUCGAGGCAAAUGACCCCUCUGGGACCACUGUGUCUAAUGCUCCAGGCUCCGAAUAUCCCAGCUUGACACAGUCCGCGGCUGGAAACAAAAAGUACUACGACCCAACACCCCACUUAUCGUAUAUGAGAAAUCUGCAACAACGCCAACCCUCCCGAAGUGCCAUCGAAAGAUUUGGUGUAGGAUACCAAGAUUACCUUCAAGCACCGUUGCAGCCGUUGACAGUCAACUUGGAGAGCAUUACCUACGAAGUCUUUGAGAAAGAUCCUAUCAAAUACGAGUGGUAUGAGCGAGCUAUUGCGAAAGCUCUAUCUGAUUGGUCCGAGCAAAAGAAACCCACCUCGAACCCUGAUGGACGGGUCGUCGUUGCGGUAGUAGGUGCGGGUCGUGGUCCCCUGGUCACCCGGGCGCUCAAGGCAAGCGCUGAAACGGGGGUCGACAUUGACCUCUGGGCGGUAGAGAAGAACCCCAAUGCCUUUGUGCUCUUGCAACGCCACAACGAACAGCUCUGGGGUGGAAAGGUCACACUCGUGCAGUCGGACAUGAGAAGCUGGAAGGGACCUAAAAUCGCAAAAGCCACAUUUGAUUCGCCACCACAGGGGCCUAUUGGACAGUCCCUCGGCAUUGACGACUCGCUGCUUUCUAGUGAGGCCGAUCAAAGAGACUCUUGCCAGCUGACUGAUGCCGAUGUUCGUCCGCGCUCCACCGAGCUCGAGCCUACCACGAUUGAUAUCGUAGUGUCUGAGCUGUUGGGCUCGUUCGGCGACAAUGAAUUGUCUCCAGAAUGUUUGGACGGCAUCACUCAUCUUGUCAAUCCUGUCCAUGGUAUCUCCAUACCUGCGUCGUACACCGCUCACAUUACGCCCAUCGCGGCACCAAAGCUUCAUGCUUCUGUCAUGAACCAGGCAGUUUCUAACCCAGCGGCCCCGGAGAUACCGUAUGUUGUUAUGCUACAUGCUAUUGAUUAUCUUUCCACGAACCAGCCCCCGGCAUCCACGUUCAUGAAACCCGACGGAGGUAUCAAUUACAGCAACACCAUUCGGUCAUCUAUCUCAACUCUUCCCGGAGCGGAAACACAGAUUCCUUUUGUUCAGACUGCGUGGUCAUUUUCUCACCCCAACAAGCACAUACCCGAGCAAUCGUCCUCUGCAUCAACUAUCCCCAAUUCCCACAACACCCCCCUGAAUAUUCCUGACAAUGGAGAAGUUGUUGUGACGAUGUAUCGACAGACAGAUGACCGCAAGGUCUGGUAUGAGUGGAUGGUGGAAGUUUACGCGCUGGAGAGGCCCAUGGAGCCGGCGGCACCGGAGUUCAUUGCCCCUGUCAUGAGCGGCGCCAGAGCUGUCUCACCGGAUGCUGAUAGUGGUAAGAGCAAGGAUAACAGCCGUUCAUCACCGCAGAAGGUGAGAAGCAGCUUCGGUGCGGUACGACGCGUCCGGGUAGGGAUGAGUGAGUUGCACUCGAGUAUCAAGGAGGGCUGUCUCAUGUGA